AUGCAGAUGUACAUGCAGAUGUACAUGCAGCUGUAUAUGCAGCUGUACAUGCAGCUGUACAUGCAGCUGUACAUGCAGCUGUAUAUGCAGCUGUACAUGCAGCUGUACAUGCAGCUGUAUAUGCAGCUGUACAUGCAGCUGUACAUGCAGCUGUACAUGCAGCUGUACAUAUAUGAAAAGAAAGCCUUCAAGGAGGUGAAGGAGGUCACUAAGGACAUUGUGAUUGCAGGGAAUGUGGGCGCUACUGCAGGCGGCGCCCUCGGGGGUCCGGCUGGAGCUGCAGCAGGGUGGGCAGCUGGGGCAGCAGUGGGAGGAAUUGUCUACCUAAUCGAGAAGGCGCUCGACUAG